GGGAAGGAGAGCGCCGGAAAGCGAGAUGUUUUGGACUGGGAGGUCAUUGGAAAGUGAGGCUGUGUGUUGAACUCGGGCUGUAGUUGUAAUAAAGGUGUCAGAGAUCCUGAUACCAAAAGGAACCUCUUUUGGUCCCGUGAACGGUUUAUUUUUUUUCUCUUAGUGAGUUCAAAAUGUUGCGUUUGGCGUUGAGACUGAGCCCAGCGGUCAGAGCGAGCCGCCGGGGUGUCCUCUCAGGCCCGGGUGCUGGAGCGCGAUCAGGACCGGUACCGUGCUCGAGCAGAGGCCGGGCUCUGAAUUGCGGCAGACCUGCACAGUCCGGCAUCCUGAGAUGCAGAACGCGGGCUUUAAUACCUGCACCACCACGAAGUGUCUCCUUCAGUCAGAGUGCAAGAGUCUGCAGUCUACCGCCUCACCAGAAGGUGGAACUCCCUGCUUUAUCUCCCACAAUGCAAUUGGGCACCAUCGCUCGCUGGGAGAAGAAGGAGGGGGAUAAAAUUAACGAGGGAGACCUGAUCGCUGAGGUGGAAACAGACAAGGCCACGGUAGGAUUCGAGAUACUGGAGGAGUGCUAUCUCGCCAAGAUCCUGGUACCAGAGGGUACAAGAGACAUUCCCAUUGGAUCAGUCAUCUGUAUUACUGUGGACAACCCUGACCUCAUCCCAGUGUUUAAGGACCUUAAUCUGGAAAAACUGGCCGCCUUAACACCGUCAGCAGCAGGAGCAGCCACAGCAGCAACUCCACCUCCAGCAGCUGCCUCCUCUGCACCCUUUCCUCCACAAGCCCCUGGCAGUUCGUACCCUGCGCACAUGAAGAUUCUUUUGCCAGCUCUUUCCCCGACUAUGACGGUGGGCACGGUGCAACGCUGGGAGAAGAAAGUGGGAGAAAAAUUGAAUGAAGGCGACUUGCUCGCUGAAAUCGAGACGGAUAAGGCUACAAUUGGUUUUGAGGUACAGGAAGAGGGAUAUUUGGCUAAGAUCAUGGUGCCCGAAGGAACCAGAGAUGUCCCACUAGGUACCCCUCUGUGCAUCAUGGUAGAGAAAGAGUCUGACAUUCAGGCAUUUGCUGACUAUGUCGAGACCGGGAUGGCUACUAGCCCGCCUCCAGCUCCUGCACCAGUGGCAGCUCCUCCUGCUCCCUCUGCCCCUGCGGCGACCCCGGCUGCAGCUCCAGCUGCUGCUGCUAGGAAGGGCAGAGUGUUUGCAAGCCCACUGGCCAAGAAACUGGCUGCUGAGAAAGGGAUCGACCUCACACAGGUCACUGGCUCAGGACCAGAUGGAAAAGUAACCAAGAAAGACAUUGAGACUUUUGUCCCAGCCAAGGCAGCUCCUGCUCCAACAGCAGCUCCUGCAGCACCCACGCCCGCUCGUGCACCAGCCGUGGCACCUGUACCCACCGGCACCUUCACCGACAUCCCCAUCAGCAACAUCCGCAGAGUGAUUGCUCAGAGGCUGAUGCAGUCAAAGCAGACUAUUCCUCACUACUACCUGUCUGUGGAUAUCAACAUGGACCAAGUUCUGGACCUUAGGAAAGAACUUAACAUGGAGGUGAAAGCAGACAACAUCAAACUGUCAGUGAAUGACUUUAUCAUCAAAGCAUCAGCACUGGCAUGUUUAAAGGUUCCAGAGGCGAACUCCUCCUGGAUGGACACGGUUAUCCGACAAAAUCAUGUGGUGGAUGUUAGCAUUGCGGUCAGCACACCCAGCGGUCUGAUCACUCCUAUUGUAUUCAAUGCUCAUAUUAAAGGCUUAGCAACCAUCAGUCAAGAUGUAACUGCACUGGCUCUUAGGGCUCGUGAUGGCAAACUGCAGCCACACGAAUUCCAGGGUGGAACCUUUACAGUCUCCAAUUUGGGCAUGUAUGGAAUCAAGAACUUCUCUGCCAUCAUCAAUCCUCCACAAGCCUGUAUCCUGGCAGUGGGAGGCUCAGAAAAGAGGCUGCUGCCUGCAGACAAUGAGAAAGGGUUCGAUGUGGCCAGCAUGAUGUCUGUGACUCUCAGCUGUGAUCACCGGGUGGUGGACGGUGCGGUCGGGGCGCAGUGGUUGGCCGAGUUCCGCAAGUUCCUAGAGAAACCUGUCACUAUGCUGCUUUGAGGUGCCAUCAGCCAAUGCAGGACUCUCAGAUCAAAGGAGGUCUCUCUCUAAUGUUACACACUCGGGACUGUACUUAUUUUUUUUUACUUUUUUUUUGUUGCAACCAUCAUAAUCCCCCCCACCCCACCCCAGUGUAGGAAGAGGACCAUUGGAAAAAGUCUGUGUGUGUCAUAAAUUCAAGGGGUUUCUAUAAAACGUUUGAUGCUCUUUAACCCCUUUGCCAUGGUCUCCCAAUUUCUCCAAAAAGUGGAACGUCGGAGGGCGUUCUGGAUGAGAGUAAAGAAAUGCACUUUAUUUCUUAAAAAGAAUUGAAAUACUCCAUCUGUCCACUUGUGUGCCAAAUGAUCUUGUAAGCAAGGUUAUAAUACUGUUUGGAUAGGCAUCAUUUCCCUCGAUCAUCUGUGCUUAAAUCUGCACCUGAAAUUCAUACACAGAUCUCCCAUUAAAGGUUAUCUUCACUUUCUGACUUACAAAAAAUGGUUUCCUCUCUGGCAGCCUAUAUAAGCUUUUGACCCUAAAAAAAAUGCUGGUAGCCCUUAAUUUAUUAUAUAAAACUUUCACUCCAGACAAAGCAUACUAGUGCCUUUGAUCUGUUCCUAUUACUGUCAAAUGUUUUCGUGUUUCUUCUGGUUAAUGUGGCAAUAUUUUAAAAUCUCUAUUUCUGUAUUGAUGACGCACAAACUUGCAGAACCGGGUGAAUAAAAAAAAAAAAAUGAUAAAAAAAACACAUCUCAAACCUGUACUGAAACAUCGGAAGAAAAAAAACACAAACAUGAAACGCACUUGAAUACGAUGUAGUAAAGGGAACGAGGAUACAAUUGUGUUGCAAAUGAAUGAAUAAUAAAAGAAAGAGAACAUGAACAAAAUUCAAAUUGAAA